AUGGAUGAAAGUGAAGCGCAGGAAAGAGUGAAAAGAACAGAAAAGAGAGAAGAAAGAAACGUUCUUUUGAAAAGAAACACCAAAGAAACUAAUAGUGCUGAAAACACAAAUGAACGUACGAAAGAAGAGAAUAGUUACAGACGAAAAUUGAAUAAAAGAAAGGUCGAAGAAAAGCAAGAAAGCAAAGUUGAUGAAGAGUGCGACGGCGAGGACAAUAUAAUGCAAAUCGGAAGAUAUGUAUCAGAAUUCGAAAGGUUCAAAGUCGAGACUACAGCAAUCUUAGAAGGUGUCAAACUACCACUUUACAAGUGGGAAUCGAACGUAGAAAGCAGUCAAGAAGAGGAGCAAAUCUUAACACCCAACACUAUGCUCUGGGGACAGAAUUCGUAUGCAUUGGAAGAAUUUAGCGAGGAAAAAGAUGAAAACGAAGUUGGUAGUCUAUACAAACGUCUUACCAUAGCGUCUUACCAAGACAACACGCGUGGUCGAGAUGGCAAAGGGAAUAUAUCCAUGGAUUAAUGGAUAUAGUAUCAUCGUGUAAAUAAAAGCACAUCUCCUGUACCAGAGAUUGGGGAAAUUGUAUUGAUCGUUGGAGACGAAAAGAACCGAGGACGGUGGAUGAAAGGCAAAGUUGUGAAGUACGUGAAAGGAGAGGACGGUGUAAUUGGAGGAGUUAUUGUGUUACAUAAGGGUAACUAUUUGGAACGACCUGUUUAGCUGGUAUGUCCUUUGGAGAUAAGGAGCGUGCGUAAGGAAGAUCAAGGAAGACACAACGAAAGUACUGAAGAUAAUGAUGAUAAAUUAAAGGAAAGACCAGAACGGAAAGCAGCAAAGAUCGCGAAAGUUAACAUCAGAGAACAGUUGAAGGACGAUUAA